AUGGGACCUCCACCUGAUCGUCUUCCUCCAUGGUACAACCCUAAUGCACACUGUCCUUUUCAUGAAGGUGCCCCCGGGCAUGACCUAGAGGGUUGUUACGCUCUGAAGCAUAGGGUUCGAGAACUGAUUGAAAGCAAGAUCUUGUCUUUUAAGGACAUGGGACCGAAUGUGAAGAACAAUCCUCUUCCUCCCCAUGGAGAUCUUGCAGUAAACGCCAUUAGAGAUGCCUCUGUUGGUGUUACGGUUAAUAAGGUGGAUGAUGUUAAGACUCCUUUGGCAGCAUUCCAUGCCCGAUUGGUGGAAGAUGGUCUGAUUAAUGUUAAUCAUGACAACUGUGAAGAGUGUGCCACAUACCCGAAGGGGUGUCAGGUGGUACGAGAUAAUAUUCGAGAUUUGAUGGAUAAAAGAGUGCCUCAAAUCUCAAGUGUUGCAAAGAACGAAGAUGUGUUGGUAAUUGAACCUUGUUUCAAUUUACCAGAACUAGUUGAAAUCCCAUAUUACAGUGGUGGAGUGGUUCUGGCGAAUAGUAAGUUUUCGCCUGUUGAGAUAUGUAUGCCUAUGCCUUUUCCAUAUGAGAGCACCAAGGUCGUGCCUUGGAAAUAUGAGAUUACUGUUGUGGAUAAGGUUGUUGAAGGAAGUGCAGACGCUGAAGUGACAGAAGAUGUGAGUGAGGACGUCACCAAUAUUGCAGGAAUGAGCAGAAUGACCCGUAGUGGUCGAAUCUAUACGCCCGAAUUCAAUGUGACUCCUCAAGGGCCAAACAAGGAAUCAACAGUCGCAGCUCCCACUAAAGAACCCGAAGUGGUCCAAUCCGAAGAUGCUGUUGAAUUCUUGAAGUUAAUCAAGAGAAAUGACUACAAGGUUGUGGACCAGUUGCAUCAAACACCAUCUAAGAUCUCUAUUUUGUCCCUGCUAUUGAACUCCCAAGCCCAUAGGGAGGCUUUGUCGAAGGUGAUUGCUCAAGCUCAUGUAACACAAAGCAUAACAGUAGACCAGUUUGAUGGGGUGGUUGCGAAUAUCACAGCUUGCAAUACUUUGAGCUUCGGUGGAGAGGAAUUACCUGAGGAUGGACAAAAUCACAAUCGUGCUCUCCAUAUCUCGGUAAAAUGCAAAGAUGAUGCUUUGGAAAAAUUUUUGGUUGAUACCGGAUCUUCUCUGAAUGUUAUGCCAAAAAGAACACUCACCAAGUUAUCUUAUCAAGGACCAGCUAUGAAACCCAGUGCCUUGAUAGUGAAAGCUUUUGAUGUUAAUGUUGAUGUUUAA